ACUCGGACGCAAGGCGACCGCCUGCGCGUUAUUUUUUUAAAAUAAAAUCGGGUUCAGGUCUCUACGAUGGACACCAAAAAUGACGUCACUUUAUGUGACUCGCACAAAUUCGUACUCGUUAAACACAAUGUAAUAAAGUUCGCAUAUAUGCAUCUAGCUGCAUUAUACGGAGUCUACUUAUGUUUUACUUCUGCAAAAUGGGCUACAAUAUUAUGGGCGUUCUUGUUACUCGAAGGAGCAAAACUUGGAAUCACGGCUGGAGCUCACAGACUCUGGUGUCACAGAGCGUACAAAGCCAAGAUGCCGCUACAGAUCAUCCUCUUGUGCUUAAAUAGCAUCGCCUUUAUGAAUUCAGCCAUUUAUUGGGUGAGAGACCAUCGCAUACACCACAAGUAUACCGACACGGAUGGACCCCACAACUCAAGACGCGGCUUCUUCUUUUCGCAAAUUGGAUGGCUGUUUGUUCGGAAACACCCUCAGGUCUUGGAGAAAGGAAAAACUAUUUACAUGGAUGACAUUUACAGCAACAAACUAUUAGUGUUCCAAAGGAAGUAUGCCAUUAUAGUUAUCGGACUGUGGGCGUAUGUUAUACCAACAGUAGUCCCGAUGUAUUUCUGGAAUGAAAGUCUGAACAAUUCAUGGCAUAUAUGUACGAUGCUCCGUCACGUUCUUACUAUCAAUUUGAUUUUCUUGGUCAACAGCAUCGGACAUAAAUGGGGGAAUCGUCCAUUUGAUAAGAGCAUCAGACCUGUUGAGAAUGUUGCGGUUUCUAUUUUGUCUACGGGCGAGUGUUUCCACAACUACCACCACGUGUUCCCCUUUGACUACAAAGCGUCUGAACUCGGAGACACCAUGUUCAAUGCGGCCACAAUAUUCAUCAAUUUCUUCGCCUGGCUUGGGUGGGCCUACGACUUGAAAGUGAUUCCGGACAAGAUGAUUAUUGCGAGAUCGCAAAGAACUGGCGACGGGAAGAACCUAUGGGGUUGGGGAGACAAAGAUCAAACUGAAGAAGAAACCAAGAAUGUAGAACUGUUGUACUCGUAUUCUACUUCUAAUUAGAUAACAAGGCAACCAUAUCCAUAUUUGUAAGCGUUUUCCAUUAAGAUUUUGAUGUCAAAUCGAGCUUGUUUUAGUGUUAAUAACUUAACACUUUAAGUUCUCGCGCUUUGUACACAUAUUUAAAGUCACACAUCGCGUUCGACCUGUGUGUGACUUUAAAUAUGUUAAUAACUUGAUAUAUUCAAUACGAACACUUAGAUUUUAUGUUGAUACAUGUAGGUGCUGCCAAUAUUUUUAGAGAGAGAUUGUUAGUCUACUGAUAUAAUAAAAAUAAAGUUCAGUUACAUGUAAAGUUCAAUAGGCUGUGUUAGCCAAUUUUGCAAAGAUAGCGCUCUAAAAUUGAGCUCAUAUAUUUAAUUUAAAUUUCUAUAUUUUUACAUAAAAAGGAAAAAAUGCAUACGUAUCACUAAAUAUAUUUAAGGACGUGACAUUUUGUAAUUUCUGUACAUUUUGUAUUGUAAAUAGUUAGACAGAAAAUAGACGCCUUUAGUUCACUGAACUCAAACAUUGUUUCAAUUGACUCACUUCAUUAGUUGAAAUCCAUGUUUUGACGAUCAAUACCUUAUGCAAACUCGUUUUAGAAACAAAGACAACAAUGAAUCAAUUUACAUUUGGGAGGUUAAUUAAUUUAGGUUAAUGAAAAUCUUGCUACAGUAGGUUUAUGAAUAUUUAUUUAGAUUUGUAAUAGGUACUUAAUGAUUAUUUGCAUGCAAUAAAAGUUAUUUAUAUUUCGAU